AUGGCCGAUACCCAUACAAGAAGUUUGUGUGUUGAGAUCAUCCUUUGGCAUUUCGGGCCCUUGACAGCAAAUCUUGCAUACGUUCUACUAACGCGCGGUCGCUUGUCGUUUCCUCAAUUGAUAUGUUUCACUGGUUUGAAGCCUCAGACCACGAGGCUAUGCAUCAUCUCCCUGGUUCAGCAUAAUGUUCUAUGGCAUGCAAAAGGAGACGACGAUGUGGAAACAUUCGAGGUCAAUGUAGACGAAUGCCUUAUGAGGCUGAGAUUCGGCAGGUUUAUCUGGUUGACUGAGCAGAUAUUCGGGCAAACGGCAGCGGAUAUUGUUCAAAUCAUAUUGGACCAUGGAAAGCUCCUCCCGCACGACAUCAGAACGUUGUUGUCUGUUGAGGACUCCAAGGCACUCAGCCAAAUCGAUCAGGUCCUUCAUAAACUUGUCUCUGAAUCGUAUUUGAAACCAUCCACCAUUCUCUCACACCUGUCGCCACGCGACAAAUGUAUUCAAUAUGAGCAGGAGGAGAAGCGCAAAAUCACUGGUUUUCCUACAGCUAAAGAACUGCGGGAGGCCAAAGAAACUGCACAAGCCAGGCUGAAAUGUGAGGAAGAGGAGGCUGAGCAAAUUGGACUGAAAAGAAAGGCUACAGACCAGGCUGGAUCUCGAACCAAACGAAAAACUGUUGACCAUGAAGAUAUGGUCAAUGAGUCUGUCCACUUCAGAGUCAAUUACGAAAAGUUCAACGUGCAUGUACGAAACUCUCUCGUUGAAAAUGCGGCCCGUGAAAGAUUCAACCACGGAGCAUCCGUAAUCAUCAAAGCUACGCUGAAGGCUACUCAGAGUUCCCAAAUGAGUGUGUCAGAAGCUCGAUCAUCCCCGACUUCCAUUGCCAAUAUCAUGAUGCAUAUCCCGGAAGAGGCGAAUAUCAUGGCUGGUCUCGCUUACCCGUCCAAGAAGAUAACCACUCUCACAUGCGUCAAAGAUUACCUCGGCAUGCUAUCAUGUGCUGACAACCCAACCCCUGAGGGUCGAGCCUCAUCUUUUGUGUCGUAUUCAACGUCAAAGAUACAGGUUGAGUUUGAGAUCAUUGCAAGAAAUCUGCGAAGAAAUCUGUUAGAGGCUGUAGCGAGAGAUAAGCACGGAUCGGACGGUGUUCGAAUAAUGCGCCUACUCCUCACCGCUGGAAAGAUGGACGAGAAACAAAUAUCAAAAGCCGUUAUGAUGGCACCCAAGGACGUCCGACCUUUACUGGUUGCUCUCUCAGCGGACUGCCUGAUCAGCACGCAAGAAGUUCCAAAGAGUGCUGACCGUAAUCCGACGAGAACUUUUUAUUUGUGGCACGUCGACCUCCAGAAAGCCUUCUCAGUGAUUCUCGGGGGAGUGUACAAGACUCUGCACAACAUUAUUGCCCGACGUCGAGCAGAAAGUGAAACCAUUGAGGUUGCUACAGUAUUGGAGAAGCGUGAACGAACUGAUGUUAGCCAGGAUGAAGGUCUCUUGACAAGAAUAGAGCGGGAAGUAUGGAAGGACUGGGAGUCAAAGCAGGAAAAACUGACGGUGUUGGAGAAACGGGUUGAGGAUCUUGUAUUCUUACUGAGGGAUCUGGGCCCUGUCUGCAGGGCCGACGAGUAA